AUAGUGUAUUUAUCAACAGAUCAUGUGACAUUUUUUUAAUUGAUGAGGAUUGUAGUAGUGUAUUCCUUGACUUCAUGAAUGAUUAUGAAACUUAUUACGAUUAUGGUUGCCUGCUGAUUGCAUCAUUUCAGUCCACUCCUCAGCGACCUCACUGACUCUUCCACCCAAUCAGAAGACAUGCCUGUUCGACAAGGAAUCCCCUUUCAGCGCAAGUUAAAGGGCUGUCGCUGAUGUCACUUGAGUGUACCAGUGGAGGCAUAUCCUAACGACAUCUUAUUGGGCCCACAACAUUGUAAUAACAUCAUGGAGACCGCACGGGAAGACGAACUGCUCGCCAUGGAGAAUAUUUUUGGACCGGAAGAGUUUCGCCGAAGCGAAACUUCAUCAGAUGGAGUGAUGCAAGUGUGUCCGCAUCUUCCUCGUGAUUUCAAACUCAUUAAAAAAGGUGAAAGAAACGGAGAAUAUGAUGUACAAUUCCUGCCGCCUUUGAUAGUGGACUUCGAGCUGCCGCAAACUUACCCAAGUCAUUCCUCGCCUGCUUUUCGAUUGAGUUGUCAAUGGCUACACCAUAAUCAGCUUUCUAAGGUAUGCAGGCAUCUCGAUGAGAUUUGGCAGAAUACUGGUGGAGGUGUUGUCCUCUUCUCCUGGUUCCAGUUCCUAAGUGAGGACCUCCUGGGCUUCCUGUCAAUCCACUCCCCCUGGGAGAUUCCCUGCAUGGAGGAGCCUGAGCUGGGUGCCUCAGCUCAGGUCACGGACACCAGUGACCCACGGGUCACCACCACCAACAAUGCUUCCGACGCAGAUAUUCUACAGCGGCUCCUAGACCAUAACCAGAGGAUGCAGCAGAAGGUGUUUGAAGGGCGACAUCUAGAGUGUGGGAUUUGCUUCUUGGCAAAGUCUGGUUCAGAUUGCCACAGGUUCAAGGGCUGCGACCACGUGUUCUGUAAGGACUGCGUCGCUAACCUUUUCAGGAUUGGCAUUGAAGAGGGAGGAGUUCAGCUCCAGUUCAGAUGUCCUGAUACAGACUGUGACUCCGUGGCCACCCCCUCAGAGGUGAAGGAGCUGGUGGGUGAGGAGCUGUUCAGCCGGUACGACCGGCUACUGUUGCAGAGGACGCUGGACUGCAUGGCCGACGUGAUGUAUUGCCCUCGCCCGAACUGCAGCUCCGCUGUGGUCCUGGAGCCAGGGGAGACAUGGGCCUUCUGUGCACCCUGUGCCUUUGCCUUCUGUACCGAUUGCCGCAAGGGGUACCACGGGGUGGAGAGGUGUGCCAAAGGCACCACGGCGAACUCUGACCCAGACUCUGACCCGAGCGCUGAAAAUGCACCACUCCCAAAGACUCUAGAGGGGAUGCAAGCACUGUGGGAAGACUAUGAAACCGGCGCUAGUUCGAGAAGGAGACUUCUGCAGCAUCGGUACGGGAGGGGACUGUUCCUCAAGGAGAUGACUGAUGCGCUGAGUGAAGGUUGGAUAGAUACCAAUACUCAAGAGUGUCCCAAAUGUAGCGUCAAAAUACACAAAAUAGGAGGCUGCAACAUCAUGCAUUGUGCCACCUGUCUAUCCUUUUUCUGCUGGCAUUGCCAUGUGGUACUGCCCAGAAACAACCCUCACAUGCACCUCCAGGACGGAGGCUGUACUUUGCCAGACUGACCAGGGCAGGGUCGUGCCCUAGACCAGACAGAGAGACAGGCGCUCCGGCUGAAGCGUGAAAUAUCAUCUCACUCACCUAGGGUUUAUUUAUACGCCAUGUUUUAAUCUACUGGAAAUUAUAUGAACAAUCCAGCUUUUAAAUGUAUAUUAAAGUGCAUGUGCUGAUAAUGGGGAUGACAUUAAUACCAGUGUAUCUUCACAAAUAUAUCAAUAUCUUAAAAUCUACCAUUGGGUUGUACGUCAGCGUUUUAAGCAUAUUUAAACACCCACUCUUACAUUCUUUCAUCUUUAAUUGACAGGUUGAAGAUUAUGCAGCCUACCAAUUUAUUUAAUUUUCAAAUGUUUCCCAUGAUCAGUGCCUACAUGUAUCGACAACCCUGUCAACAUGUAAAUGUGUUGUACAAUUCAAAGAUGAACCCACUUCAACUUGCAUUCUCUGAAACAACUCACUGAACACUGAAUUAUCUGCUGGUGUGUUUAAGGACCUAGCGGUAAGAUUUACUGCAAAUGAUAAAAACAGUUCAAUCUGAUUCAUGGUUAUAUAAUGUAGUAAUUUAGACUGGCCGAUUGGAGGACACUUGUUCAUAAGUAAACUGAAUGGAGAAUGUAUUUACACUGUUUGGCGCACUUUACUGACCAACCCGCUUUUUAAAAACAUAGGUAUGAAUGACUGUGUACCUUUUUGGAACAUACUGCACCUGUGAGAAUAAUAAUAAUUAAAUAUAAAAUGUAUUACAAUGUAUACAAAUAUUAAAGUGUGUAUAUUCAGUAGGG